UAAUCAAACUACUUGACUAAACCUUCCUUUUAGUUUACCUGAAAUAGAUCAAAAACAGCAGUAACUUUAUGCAUUAAUGUUGAUAAUCAACAACUUUUUAUUUACUUUAUUUUAUAUUUUCAAUAUUUAUCCUGAAAAAAGAUUUGAUCUUGUGCAGAGACAGAAGCCCAUAAAAGGUGGAGGAGAGAGAAAAUGUAUAAUCAGAAUGAAUCUGCUGCUUGCUUUGACCCCAACAACAACCCUGAUGACCAACCUGCUUCUGCUGCAAUUGCUGCUGCUGCAAUUAAUGGGUUUUCAUCCUAUGAGACAAAGACAAAGACUGUCACAACAAUUCUGCAAGAAUCAGAUUUCCAAAACCCUAAUAAUAAUCUUUGUAGUCAUUCUCAUUAUGAUCCCAAUACUACUUGGGACCAUAAUUCUGAAAUGGGUUUUACCAAUUUUGUUGAAAACAUACACCACCCUACUACAACUGAUCUUCUUACACUUCUCCACUUACCCAUUUCCUCUUUUGCUACUGCUCCCUCCUCCUUUGGGAUUGGGAAGCUGCCAUCGUCGCCACCACCGCCUUCGGCUUUCGGGUUUUUAGGGGAGUUUAACCCGGCUAUGAUGGUUGAUUACCCGGUACAUGCCGCCGGGUCUGGAUCUUCUUAUGAUCCUAAUUUGUUCCCUCAAAAUUCUGCUUUUAUGAUGAGGGAUCAGCUUUUGUUUCAUCCUAAUCAUGAGUAUAGUACUGGGAAUCUGAAUGGGAUUGAUGGGGUUUACCAAGAAGAGGAUACCCAGUUUCUUGGGAAUGGGAUUCUUGAGUUUAGGAAAGGGAAAGGGAAAGUGGGUAACAAUAAUAAGAGCCCUAAGAAUUCUGCUACUGAGAAACAAAGGAGGAGAAACUUCAAUGACAAGUAUGACUAUCUCAGCAAACUCAUUCCCAAUCAAACCAAGACUGAUAGGGCAUCAAUAGUACUGGAUGCAAUAAACCACAUACAUGAACUGAGAAGGACAGUGGGAGAGCUCAAAAUCCUGGUUGAUAAGAAAAGAAUUUCCAAAAUGAAAAGGCACAAAACUCACGAGGAUACCAAUACCAACAUCCCUGUUGGUGGGGACCAACACGGCACCGGUGUCGAUGGAGUGGCUGUCGUGAAACCCGAACCGGAGGAGGAUUUGAACGUGUCGACAGCCAUCCAACUCCGAAGCUCGUGGAUUCAGAGAAAGUGGAAGGACUCAGAAGUCGACGUUCGAAUUGUUGAUGAUGAUGUUACCAUUAAGCUAGUGCAGCGAAAGAAGAUCAACUGUUUACUGUCUGUGUCUAGGACUCUUGAUGAGCUUCAGUUGGAUUUACGCCAUGUUGCUGGAGGCGAAGUUGGGGACUAUUACAGUUAUCUGUUUAACACUAAGAUUUGUGAAGGGUCAUCAGUGUAUGCAAGUGCAAUUGCUAAUAAGCUGAUAGAAGUUGUGGAGAGAGAGUCUGGUGCUGCUUCUGUUGUUGAUUAAGGAGUGAUUAAGAUAUUAACAACAGUAAUUGCUAUGCUAAUCUACUUAUUUAACCAACUUAAUUGCUCUUUUGUUGCCUAUAUAGUAUUUCUACCAACAACAGUAUUCUAUAAAUUAGUAGUGUUUAAUUAAUUUUGUUAGAUGCUACGGAGU